AUGUUUUUUUUGAAAAAUACAAAAACAGAGACUAACGGAUCCAACGGUGAUUUUAUCAUCAUCGGUCUCGACUUCGGGACCACAUAUUCGGGAAUAGCUUGGACUUAUUCGAGAGCGCCCGAAGACAUUGAAAUUGUCACAAGCUGGGAUGCAGAGCUCAACCAUCGCUCAGACAGUGGAAAGGUACCGACCCAGUUGCUUUACAGCAGCGACGGAGACACUUCUUGGGGUUAUUCUAUACCUGCCGAGAGGGAUGCUCUCAAGUGGUUUAAGCUUCUGAUUCUUGAUGAAGAGGAUAUCUCUACUUAUGUGGAAGAUUCCUCUCAACUUCGACACGCCAGAAAGCUCUUGGAGACUAUGAAAAAGGACACCGUCGAAGUUGUUGGGUGCUUCCUGCGCAGGAUCUGGAACCACGCAAUUGAUUCCAUUCAUCGCAGCGCUGGGCUUGAACUUCUGCAGAAGUCGAGAUUCCACGUAGUGAUUGCACUCCCCGCCAUCUGGCCUCCCUACGCACAGCAGCGUAUGAAGCAGGUUACCAGAGCCUCCGGCAUUCUCGAUCCUAGACCCUGUGGCGACACUACACUUCACUUUAUCUCCGAGCCGGAAGCGGCGGCGCUGGCUACCAUGAAGGAUCUUUCGAAGAGAUCAACUUUGAAGGAGGGAGACACUAUGGUCAUCUGUGAUGCUGGAGGUGGCACAGUAGAUCUCAUCAGCUACGUGAUUAAAUCUAUCGAUCCAUUUGUGGUCGAAGAAUGCGUUGGAGGCGGUGGUAACCUAUGUGGAGGUGUUUUUCUUGAUGAAAUGUUCCUGAACCUCAUCAAAAAGAAAGUCACCCCAGGCUCAUGGGCGGGCGUAAGCAUUGCAGACCAAAAGAAGCUUCUCAACGACAGUUGGGAGUAUGAUAUCAAGAGACAGUUCUUGAACCAGAACAGGACUUGGCCAGUUGAAUUACCUGGAAGUUUCAGCGGUUCAACUUUCAACCAAAACCGACGAAUGUUACUUGAGCUUAGUUCGAAUGACAUCCUUUCUAUUUACGAUCCCAUCUUCAGCAGGGUCGAGACACUUGUCCGUCGUCAGAUCGAUGCUGUUCACAUGAAAUACGGUGAACCAGCCAAUUACAUCAUUCUUGUUGGUAGACUCGGUCGUAAUUCCUUCCUUUUCAACAGACUGAACACCAAUUUCAACAUGACAGUCCUACAAUCCGUAGGAAAUAAACCCUGGACCGCAGUUUGCCGCGGUGCCGUCGUUCGCGGCAUCACUAGCCACAGCUUUUCAGCGAGUCUUGGAGUAGAGAUUAACGCCCGAAUUGCUCGAAGAAGCUACGGAAUAUUAGCGAACGUUCCAUUUCGGUCAGACGAACAUCUUGAAUCCGAGAAGUUCUGGGCAGAGGACAAACAGAUGUGGCAGGUUGCCGGAGACAAUAUGCUCACCAAGGAUCCGGUUCGACACAAAUUUAUGCGACUGUGCUCUGGACAUAUUGAUUGUGUCCAGCAGGCCAUUUUUGCUUGCUCUGAGUUCCCUCCGCCCAACAUAUGGAAACCAACUGUACAACAGCUGUGUGUGAUUCAAUGGACGCGCGACAUCAACAUCGACUCGCUUCCAACAUACGCCAACUCUCUUGGGAAAGUCUUUCACAAGCUUAAUUACGAAAUCGAAAUGACUUGUGAAGACGGAACCGUGGAAUUCACGGUUUAUUUUGAGGGCAAACGCGUUGGUGCCCAUAACGUUGAUGUCCAGUUUCAUUAG